AUGAAGUCAACAACAUUCGUGGUGCUUCUUGCUGUUACAAGUAUUGUAACCAUUUCUUCAUCAUUUGCGGCUUUUCCUAAUUAUGACAUCAAUAGCCAGAAAGCAAUCGUUAUUGAUGACCAACAAGGGAACAACACAACGACAAGCUCUGGCUGGAUUCAAGCUGCAAGUAACGAUGGCGUUGUUGACUGGGGCAAGGCUGAGAUCGAUGGAAUAGCCCUGAAGUCUCUUACAGCAGAUGAGCUCAAGGAUCUUCUUGAUGCCGAAGACAACAUCAUCAUCGCAGAACUCGACAUCGCUACUGCAAAAAAGGCUGUGAGCUUCAGAAAAAAUGACACAUUAACAGAAACAAAUUCUGUGCGCCCAAAACAUCGGCAGAGGCGUUUUCUUGGCCUACUUCGGGGUGCGGCCACAGCUGCUAAGAAAGCGUGGCAAGGUUUGCGCAGGAUGCCUAAACCCGGCGUUGUUUACGUAGAUAACAGACACAAAAGAGCAGCCUCAAAACCGCAGCUUGUCAAUCCUAUCAUGUUUAAAAUCAUAGCUAAAAAAGUCAAACAGGCUUUCCAGCAACAGAGAAGUAACAGUGGACAAGGAAAACGUCGUCCAAAGCGAUGGGUGGGCGGGCUCGCAAGGCUGUUCUCCGCUGGUCGCAAUCUCUUCAAUGGAGCUGUUAGAGCUCCCAAAACUACCGUCAGUGGCAAGAGGGUUACCCAGGAAUACAACAAGCCAGGCAACUUUGAGGAUGCAGUUCGUAGCUUCAACCAGUUUCGACCAGACGACGUGACGUCUUUCAGUAAAAACGGCAUCAGCGGCCAAACUGGCACAGUCGGCCCCCACCGUUUCACUGUCCGUGACGGAAGCAAGCAAGGAUCUCCUACUGUGGAAAUUCGUUCGCCCAGACCAAACGGGGAACAUGUCAGAAAGAUCAGAUUCAAUGAAAGAUGA